AAGUUGACUGCUCUUCAGCUCUCACCUUCCUAGCAUCUCCCUGCCAACCGAAGGAGAAUACCAGACUACCUCCCCUUCGACAUUCAAGGCUCCAUUCGACGAUGUUCUAAUCUAAACUCGCAUUCCCAGGCUUCUCCUUACUUGUCGACCACUUACACGAAUCCGUUGUGCCGCAAUUCCACGAUGAAGUCGUUCGCUACUCUCGCCCUCUACGUCUUGGCCGUCGGCCUGACUGACGCUCUCGACCUAUCUAUCGUGCCGACCGCUACCAAGGAUGCUUGGUGCGUUUCACAGAAAGCACAGUGCCCUCUGCUGUGCCUACAAUACCCAGGAGACAAUGGCGACACCAUCACGAACACGUGCGAUUCCAAAUCCCUCGCCUGGAGCUGCGUCUGUUCCGUCAACGGCCUUACCCCCAACAUGACCCAAUACCACCUCACCAUCCCCUACUACAUCUGCACCGAAACGAACAACCAGUGCAAGAACCUGUGCGCGAUAGGCGACGGCGCGUGCGCGACCAACUGCGAAGUCAACAAUCUCUGCGGCGCCCAAUCCCCCACCCGCAUCAACUCCUCCACCAUCUCAACCACCAUGUCUUCCACCGCCGGCCCCACGGCCACCGACGCGGACGGCAACAUUAUCUACAGCGGCUUCGGUGGCGAUGCCGCGGCUACGGGUUCGAGCGGUGGUGAUAACGGCGGCGGUGUGAGUGGAACUGGUGCGGCGUCGGGAUUGUAUGUGGAGGGACCGGUUGUUGGAAUGGCUGCGUUGGUGGCUGCGGUUGGGUUGGGAUUCGGCAUUCUGGCCUAAGCGGUUGGAGAAUUAUAGUGUGUGCAGAAGAGAGAGCGUAAAACAAUGGUUUGGAAGACGCGAGAAGAGACGUGGGCAUCCUGAAGAUGCGUAAUUGCACUAGCUGUCUCGGGCCGUGCGUGGGGUCCAAGCCAUCAGCGACAUUGGAAUUGAGCAUUUGAAGCGCCAACAUUAAUCAUAUAUUACAUCUAUUUCGCAACACCAGAGUGGAAGC